AUGACUGCUACAGACGGCCCAGAACCAGGCCCUCCACCAGCAACUGGCGCAUCCACACUCACCCGCGUUCCAACUAUCCGCCGGAAAUCCUCAGCAUCGAAUCUCUUGACCUUUAACAAGGGCACAGGUUCUCCCGCAAGUCCUCCUCCUGUACGUGACAACGCUCCGGCCCUACCAGAAAGCUGGGAUUCGCAAUCUAUGUUUUCUGACGCAUCGGGAGGAACUGGCGUUGCGGGGACUAUAGCGAGUUCCACCGCGCCUUCAUCUAAUACUGGAAAUGCGACUCCGACUACAGCAACGUCAGGUCCAGGAACCAGUGUCGAGGCAUUACAGCACAUUAUUCAACGGCGCCUGCAAGUUCUGACCAUGCUGAAAAGCUCUCAUGAGGGAGGCGAUUUUUGGUUCAACACAAUACUACUUACGCGCGAAGACCUCGCCAAACACUUGAAUAACGUUAAGAUGCGAAAUCGAACCUAUCGGUUUACACUUUUGUGCAUGUCCUUAUCUGCGUUAUUCGAGGUGCAAAACACUCAAAUAACGAACCCCCCGACGGCGUCCGACUUUCUCCGCUCAUUACUCGGAACGCUCAGUGAGUUUGACCAGUUUGUUGGAUCGGGUGCUGAAAAGGCCGGAUUGGGGAUGAUGAUGGGGCUGGUGGAUGCUGAGGCGCGCGGAAAGAUGAGAAACCUAUUUCGUGCAAACAAGGUUGUACGCCGACCAGGUGCGGCUGGUAAUUCAGAGCUAGCCGCAAACGACUCGAGCAGCGACCAUUCGUAUCUACUAUUCCCAUCACUACCUUUCUUGCUGGAUUACUUCCAAGUGCUGCCUACUUUCUGUGAUAUCCUUAUUGCCCUUUACCAUAGACUUGCACAUCUUCUAGGGACAAACCCUAGUGCGACAGCAACUGCGCCUUUUGCGUUCCUACCUCACCCAUCACCACCGCCGGACGCCUCAGCCGGCCCUAUGUAUUCGAAUGCGCCAGGCAUCUGCGGUACCAUUGGGGGCUUACCUGGAUCUGACCUAUGGAGCCUAUUAAAUGCAGGCUUAGGAAGAGAUCCAGGGAUGGUUGGGGCUGGGCUGGGACAAAUGGUCGGCUCGGCUGGCAACCAGGGAGAUACAAUCCAAUGGACACCAUCAUUACUCGAAAUGGUCGUGAAAAUUGAUGCAAAGGUCAAGAAGACAUUAUCGAUCCUGCUGAAAGAACUCGACGCGAUUGCCCGAGAUUCGAUCCGAGAUGAGCUGGCGUCGCUUGACCCUCUAGCUCUUCUCCGCAACGCGACAUCCCCCACGAGUGGGGUAACCAAGUUUGAAUUUGGAUUUGAGCUUAUUUCAGCGCAUCUAAAGAAUAACCCGCCUCAAGUCAAACUCCCGGUGACUAUCGUCGUAGCUGGCGGAGCUGUUAGUACGCUCUUGUUUCGAAACCGAAAGGCCACCAAGGAUGUCGACUUUUGGGCUCCGGAUCGCGAAACGAACUACGUUGUCAGCGAGGCUGGGCGUGAGGUAGCCAGGCGCUUGGACUACGAUCCAUUCUGGCUCAACAACAAUAUGAGCGUCUUUAUUGAUACUCAGCACACCCAUGUCGGAUUCUACGAGCGCGCGCUAGCUCAGAACGUCAGACUCUAUGAAUCAGCUGAGAUCAUGGUUUACGCCGCGGAUUGGCGAUAUCAACUCGUGCAGAAACUUAUUCGGGUCGAGAUGAUGCUCAAAGGACCGGUCCGCGAGGCACAGCUAUCAGACGUGGUUUAUUUGACCAGGAUUAUCAUAGAAACGGAGGGAAGGAAUGAGAUGAGAAAGAAUAGCGUUCGGAAUUGGUAUCGGUACACGAAAGGGAUCAAGGACGAGACAUUUGAAGAAGUUAAUGACACAUAUCAUGUUCUUUUUGGUGCAUCAGUGUUUGUGUAG